GGUUUCACUGGGUUUUUAUUUUGUGGAAAUCUGUAUCAACUCGGUCAUGAUUUGGCUGUUCUUUUAUUGCAUUCUAAAAUAAUUAUGCUGUUAUCUGAAGGCAUUGGUUCUGUGGUUUAACAGUUGCUGUUUUCAUAUAUGAUAUUACUGUAAUACCGAUACCUAUUUGUUUCUUCGCAUUUUGUAAAAUGGACUAUUCAUAAAAUUCGACAUUGGAUAACAAUUUUCUGUUUGGAAAAGUUAUUUGACAAACAAUUAUGUGGCUUUUUUCUCUUUUCAAAUUUUAAAUUGAUCUCUAUUGUUUUGUUGAAGGAAUAUUAAUGUCAAAAUGGAUGCCUAUAUAGCAAAGAGGCUUUAUGGUUUGCACCAAUAAUUUAACUAAAUCCCAUAUCAUGAUAAAUAAUUAAUGGUUUUUGUCGUUAUUAGGUACGUUCAAAUUGGCUGCACCGGGUUUGUCUAGGGGUAUGCUUGGGUAUGUUUAGGGUGCAUACCUGCGCUUACCCGUCAGUACCAAAGUCAUUAAGCACCAAAAAGUAACAACAAAAUAUUUUUUCUUUUUUUCUUUUCCAUCCAAAACCAUGAUGAUUUAUGAAAGAUUGAAGAUAAUUAUUAUUUUUGAUUGUCAAAUUUGUAAUUUGAAUCGUGACCUCAUACACAAAUGAUAUAGAUACUAUAACAUUGGGCAUAAUAUUGAAAUCAAUUGACAUCUAAUAUUUUUCUUUAUCAUUACAAUUUUGGUAUUUACCUUCGAUCAAUGAUGAAGAAUCAUACUUUUAAAUGUAUUUAGUUUUACAAUUUAAUAAAUUUCUUUAAAUUUUUGUGUAUAAACACCCCCACACACCCACCCAAAACAUAUUGUACCCAAGGAAAAAAAUUGUCAUAUUGACAAUGCCCAUAUCCCAUACUUGUUCCCGUACCCAUACCAACAACUCAAUCUUUUUGUCUUCUCUUCACUAGUUAUUGCCACAAGGCUCCAAUAUAGAUAUCCAAACAUCACAUUGAUCCUUCAAUUAUUUUGUGAGCUUCAAGAUCAAAGGAAAUUUACUAUCUAUAUUUUGAGUUCCUUUCAUAUAUACAUUCAUACUAAUUUAAAUGAUAGGAAUAUGGUGCAUGAUGAAAUGUUCAUGUAGAUAAAAAUAAUUGCAACAUUUUUUUUCCUUGUCAAUGUUGCAUUUGGCCUAAGAAGAGCACAAAAAUCAAUCUCGAUGUACAUAUUAUGAUUAUGGAAUACAAAUAGGCAUGACAAAUUGAAGGAAACUCUUAAUAUUCAAGUGAGUUAGUUCGAAGACCAUGGCAUGAAAAGUUGGGAAUAACAUGUGUGAUUGCUUGUUUUGAAUGGAACAAGCUCCUUUGUGUGAUUGUUGCUUGUAUAGAAGAGCGUCAACCUUCAUUCUAGAAAUUAUCUUUUGUUUGUUGGUUAGUCCAUACACAAGUUGUUUGAGCUUCGUGAGAUCUAAACAGACAACCAUAAGUCUUACAUUGAAAUAAGACCAUUCAUAUGUCUAUUAGUGGGUUACUACCACUUAAAACAAAAUUAAGAUAAUUCCAAUGGCAUGUUUGAAAGAUAUUUAGUUUAUAGUAUAUCAGUAACCUCCAAGUUUUUGAGAUGGUUAUGUUUCUUCUUGUAAUUUAAAUGAUAGGAAUAUGGUGCACGGUGAAAUGUUCACGUAGAUAAAAAUACUUGCAACAAUUUUUUUUUCUUGGCAAUGUUUCAUUUUGGCCUAAAAAGAGCACAAAAAUCAAUCUCCUGGUACAUAUGAUGAUUAUGGAAUACAAAUAGGAAUGACAAAUUGAAGGAAACUCUUAAUAUUCAAGUGAGAGUUAGUUCGGAGACCAUGGCAUGAAAAGUUGGGAAUAACAUGUGUGAUUGCUUGUUUUGAAUGAAACAAGUUCCUUUGUGUGAUUGUUGCUUGUAUAGAAGAGCGUCAACCUUCAUUCUAAAGAUUAUCUUUUAUUUAGGUUGGUUAGUCUAUACUCAAAUUGUUUGAGCUUUGUGAGAUCUAAACAGACAACCAUAAGUUGUAAGUUGAAAUAAGACAAAAUUAAGAUAAUUCCAAUGGCAUGUUUGAAAGAUAUUAGUUUAUAGUAUAUCAAUAACCUCGUUUUUGAGAUGGUUAUGUUUCUUCUUGUAACAUUUAGGAACUUUUAGUAUGGAUUUUAGUUCAAUAAAUAUUCAAUAUAUAUAUAUAAUUCAAAGAUAGUGUGGUGAGGUGACUUAGUUUAAAUACUUGACUAUUUUGAAAUGUUAUUUGAUCAUCAUGUGCCUAAUUUAGGAGAACUAGUAAGCAAUUAAAGGACCCAUAUAAAGGCCAUCUUUUAAAAUGUAAGGUAGCCCUAAUAUUUUUUUUUGUUAGCUAUGUUGUUUUGGUUUUUCAGGUUAUAUUAUCACAUUUUCUAGAUGUAGGUAUAAUUGUAUUAAAUUAUGUGGAUGGACAAUAUUUGUGUAUGUUGACAUGAUUUGGCAUGAUUUCACGUAUUUCAUUAUAAAAUGACAUCCAAUGGUAUUUUGUAUUUCCUAUCUUUAUAGGCGUCUAAUUAUUUUGUGGCUGCAUGUGCUUAUUUUUCAGAUAUAACAAAACACUUUGGCCUGUGGAAAAUCUACAAGAAUGAAAAUGAUAAUUGUUAAAUGCAGAGAGAAGAUGAUGAUGACAUUCCUUUGAAUUUCCAAUUGACACAUCCCUACACAUCCUAAAGCAAGUAAAUAUUGUUGUAUCCUUUCAUCAAAUCCAAACUACUCUGCCUUUGAAAGAUCCAUUCAUGGCUUCCUUCUCCUCCUCAUCUCGCCAAGAUCCAUUCAUGGCUUCCUCCUCCUCCUCAUCUCGCCAAGAUCCAUUCAUGGCUUCCUCCUCCUCAUCUCGCCAAGAAUUUAUAGAAUAUCAACACCAAAGAGAAAGAUCAAUUGCAUCUCCUAAAUUAUAUGAUGCGUUCAUCAGCCACCGAGGCCCUGAUGUUAAAGACACCCUUGCUAAAGAACUAUAUGACCACCUUAAAGCUAGAGAAUGCAAGGCAUUUCUGGAUCGUGAAGAAAUAGAAGGGGGAGAUUCUAUUUCCUCUGCUAUUCGCAGUGCUAUAUGUUCAUCUGUGGUUCAAAUAGCCAUAUUUUCCAAAGGAUAUGCAAUGUCCUCUUGGUGCUUAAACGAGCUUGUUCUUAUGUUAGAACAAACUGAUGCCUUGUUUAUUCCUGUGUUCUACGAUGUAGAACCCAAGGAGCUUCGUUGCACAGAGAGGGGAGCGUAUGCUGCGGCAUUUUCUAAUUAUCAAAGUAAAGGAAAGUACCUGGACAAGCUAGAUGAAUGGAAAAAAGCCCUCCAUUUUGCUUCAAACAUAUCUGGUUAUGAAUUUAUCAAGUAUAAAGAUAAUUUGUGUGAAAAGAUUGUGUCCCGUGUGCUGCAAGAAAUGAAAAGAAGGAUACCAUUACAUGUUGCCAAAUAUCCGGUCGGACUUGCUGAAGUUGUCCAAGAUUUUGAAAGUUGUUGUUCAGAGACAGGGAAGCAUAAGGUCACGAUAGUAGGGAUCUAUGGGCUCGGAGGGUCCGGCAAGACCACCUUAGCAAAAGAAUUGUUUAACAGGAAGCGUUCAGAAUACCAUGCAUCUUGCUUUCUCUCUGAUGUGAGAGAUUCACAUGCAAAUCGUGAUUUGCAAUCCUUGCAAAGCCAACUCUUCAGAGAUCUCUUCCAUGAACCUCGGGUGUUUAGUAAUGUGGAUGAAGGAAUAGGACAGCUGAAGCAUCGUCUGGGAAGGUCAAGGCAUCUGCAUUUCCUAAUAGUCCUUGAUGACGUAGAUCAUGGCGACCAGUUAGAUGCCCUGUUAUUUGAAGGCUUGCUGAGUCGGGGUAGCCUAGUUAUCAUUACAACGCGUGACCAAAGUGUGUUGAGGGGAGCAGAUUUCCGUUAUAGGAUGAAGGGAAUGAAUUUGGAUCAUGCCAAAGAGCUCUUCUGUAAUCAUGCUUUUGGCGCACGGGAUCCACCCGUUGCAUAUAAUAAAUUGGUUGAAAGUUUCGUGAAAUUCUGUGGAGGUUUACCCCUAUCAGUCAAAGUUUUGGGCGCCCAUGUUUAUGGUAGGGAUGAGUAUUACUGGGAGUUAGAACUGGAAAAAAUUAAGAAAAUCCAGCCUAAGGAAAUCAUGCAAAAGCUUAAAAUCAGCUUUGAUGGUCUAGAGAGUCACGAGAAACAGAUAUUUAUAGACAUGGCUUGUUUUUUCAAUAGGAAGCCUUUAAGCUAUAUAGCAGAUAUGGUACCAGUCUGGAAUGCAUCUGGUUGGAGCGCUGAACAUGCAAUUCAGAUUUUGCAGGAAAAAUGCCUGAUUGAAGUGAGCGCACCUAUGCAGGUGUUGGGCAUAACUCUCAAGCACAUUGAAAUGCACGAUCACUUCCGUGAUCUGGGAAGGCAAAUGGCAGAUGAAUUGGGCCCUCCUCGGCUGUGGAAACCACAUUAUCUUAGAUCAAUGGAAGCGAAGGGAUUUAAACAAAUCCUAGCAGAAACAAAGGGCAGGUGUUUCCAUGAGUUGGAGUACUCGUCCUUCAAAACCACAACCUAUUUUAUGGGUAGUAUAGGUGACUCCGCGGAGACUGAACUCCUCUGGCUUAAGAUUUCAGAAAACAUCCCUUCAUGGAUUCCUCUACGAAAAUUGCACAAUUUACAAGUUUCGGGAAUGAAAGAAUUGUGGAGCACUUUUCAGCAACAGUUGCAGGUCAAUACCCAGGACAGUUUUGAGUUGAGAAACCUGGAGAUUUCAUAUUCUCCCUCUUUGCAAAAUCUUCCAGAUUUGAUAGAAAAGUUCAGUCAUUUAGAAAAAUUACGGAUCAUCGGUUCCUUGCAGAAGACUGAUACAACAUUCUUCGUACAAUCACUUCAACAACUUAGUAAUCUUAGAUCAUUGUAUUUGUGCGGGGAGGGCGCUUCUUUAAGCGGGACUUUGAACUUGAGCAAAGUUAGAGAUUCAAUUGAUUUUGAAGCUUCCACAAGAAACCCCAUGCACAACCUUCAAGCCAUAGUGUUUCAAAAUUUAAAUGAUAUAUCAAAGUUGGUAAUUAGUGGAGAGAUUUGUCCCCGACUUCGAUCAUUGAGAGUUUUAGAGAUGGAGAAUCUAAAUGAAAUGGAGUUAAAGCAGCUAGAGAGGCUGAAUACUCUUGUAGUGUAUAAAUGUCCCAAACUGGAAGCAAUAUCAGGGUUAUCUUCCCUAACAGGGCUUCAAGUGUUAUCCACAGAGCAAUUUGAGGGAUUGAAAUCAUUGCCGACCUUUUCACAUCUUCGUCGGCUGGAGCGAAUCAACAUUGGUGCAUCUCAUCAGCUGCAGAACACACAAGGUCUAGAAGAGUUGCAAGGAUUGAGAAGCCUGGAAAUUGAAGUGCCUUAUGAUGGAGAUGCAAGUGUAUGGAAUUUCAUUCAUGGACUAAGGGAGCUGCCGUCCGAGUAUGCCAUUUUAAUAGGGAGGCCAGUAGAUGCAGCACUGUCCAGAUUGAAUGGAAAUUUAUUUUCUGAUGUGAUCGGGGCCGAAACAAUCAUUGAGAUUGGGGAAGGCAAGAACUAUGCACUGCAUAUGGAAAGCUCAUCAAGUGAGAUAAGCAUGUACAGUAUGAUUAUAAUGUCUGACGAAGAUACUUGUCUCAUAGGGCUUAAACCUUUAUAUUCUGUUUCGAAUUUCUCUAUGCAUUACUUUCCAGAGGAAGGAGAAUGGUUGCUUACAGCUAUAUUGACAGAUUGUAAAGUUAGUCUAUUUUAUGGCAGUAUAAUUAAGGGAUUUAUGGCCACCGUGGAGAAAGGGGAAGAAGCAAAAGCCUUGACUGUACUGCAAAGAAUUGUUGAGCGAUUGUACACAUGAAUAUUAAUAUUUUAUCAUCAUUCUUGUAUGGAUUAUUUAAAAUUGA